GAUCCAAAACUGCGCGAACUGUUGGAUGCUGGGAACCUAGGAGGUCGACUGGAAAAUCGAAUGAUAACUGUCGUCUAUGGUCCAGACCUGGUCAAUAUAUCGUACUUGAACUUGGUGGCAUUCCAAGAGGAUAUAGCAAAGGAAUGGUCAGAUGAAGUGUUCAGUUUGGCAACAAAUUUGCUGGCACAGAACAUGUCGAGGGACGCAUUUCUGGAAAAAGCUUACACAAAACUUAAGCUGCAGGUGACUCCAGAAGGGCGCAUUCCUCUGAAGAACAUAUACCGCUUGUUUUCCGCUGACAGAAAACGAGUAGAGACUGCAUUAGAAGCUUGUAAUCUUCCAUCUUCUAGGAAUGAUUCAAUCCCUCAAGAUGACUUCACGCCAGACGUGUACAGGGUGUUCUUAAACAACCUCUGCCCUCGGCCUGAGAUCGACCACAUCUUUUCAGAGUUUGGAGCCAAGAGCAAACCGUACCUUACUGUUGAUCAGAUGAUGGAAUUUAUAAAUUUUAAGCAACGUGACCCACGAUUAAAUGAAAUCCUUUAUCCACCGUUAAAACAAGAACAGGUUCAACAACUGAUUGAGAAGUAUGAACCCAACAGUAAUCUAGCCAAGAAAG